AUGGCGGAGGUUGAUCGUUCGCGCGCUUUCGCCAAGGACGUUAGGCGAAUCGUUGUCAAGGUUGGGACUGCAGUUGUUACUGGGAAACAAGGAAGGUUGGCUCUUGCGCGCUUAGGAGCAAUCUGUGAGCAGCUUGCGGCAUUAAACUCUGAUGGAUUUGAGGUCAUUUUGGUGUCUUCUGGUGCGGUUGGUCUUGGUCGCCAAAGGCUUCGAUACAGACAAUUAAUCAACAGCAGUUUUGCAGACCUGCAAAAGCCACAAAUGGAACUUGAUGGGAAGGUUUGUGCUGCUGUUGGACAGAGCAGCCUCAUGGCUUACUAUGAAACCAUGUUUGACAAGUUGGAUGUGACGGUGGCUCAAAUGUUGGUGACUGAUAGCAAUUUUAGCAAUAAGGAUUUCAAGAAGCAACUUUGUGAAACAGUCAAAUUGAUGCUGAAAAUGAAGGUUAUUCCAGUUUUCAACGAGAAUGAUGCUAUAAGCACUCGAGAUGCCCCCUACAAGGAUGCAACUGGUAUAUUUUGGGAUAAUGAUAGCUUAGCUGCACUACUAUCGAUUGAACUGAAAGCUGAUCUUUUGAUUCUUCUAAAUGAUGUGGAGGGUCUUUACACUGGUCCUCCAAGUGAUCCUACUUCAAAGUUAAUCCACACUUACAUUAAAGAAAAACACAAGGAUGAGAUUACGUUUGGUGACAAGUCCAAAGUAGGACGAGGGGGAAUGACUGCAAAAGUUGAAAGCUGCUCUUAA